AUGUUGCUCGAGACAGCGUGGGCAUCCUGCAAUAGGAGUGCUUGGUUUGGGUGGAGCUAUCGGACCUGGGCACAUCGUUGGCAUGGAGCAGUCGUCGUGGGAGCGCGGCCGCCGCGCGCACGGUCACCCGUACCCACUUGGUACCUGGCCCAGAACAGGCCCGUCGUCGCGCGCAGCAAGAAGCGACGCAGUUCCCCGUCCAAUGACAGGGUCAGUGACGGCUCUGACGGGAGUGCUGUUCCCCAUUUAAAUGAGCAGCACUAUCUGGGAGAAAUAUUCUGUAACCGUUCUCUGAAGAUGCGCUCCAUAAAGGCUAUCGGCUUCGACAUGGACUACACGCUCGCGCACUACAAAGCGGACACCUUCGAGACGCUCGCCUAUGAGGGAGCCCUGCGCCGCCUUGUUCACGCUGGUUACCCGAGGGAGAUUCUGGACGAGUUGCGACCAUACGAUCCCCAGGCAUACAUCCGGGGGCUUGUCAUCGACAAAAAGCGUGGCAACAUUCUCAAGAUGGAUCGCCACAAGUACGUCAAAUUGGCAUUUCACGGUUUCCAGCGUCUAUCCAAACAAGAGCGGGAUGCGCUCUAUAACCCGGCGGCGGUCAACUGGGCUGCCUUCAACGAACCGGACUUUGCUGUCGUCGAUACGCUCUUCUCGCUGCCAGAUGCGUUCCUCUUCAGCAAGCUCGUGGAGUUUAAGGAUCAGUAUCCGAACCUCAUCGAGAAACCAUAUGAACAAAUCUAUCGUGAUGUGCGUCGGGCAGUCGACCUGUGUCAUCGAGACGGCACCAUAAAGCGACGCGUCGCUGAGGAGCCCGCCAAAUACAUCGAGUACGACCCGCAUUUGAUCCCGACGUUGAAGCGACUGAAACGCUCUGGACGCAAAACCUUUCUCCUAACGAACUCGCUCUGGGAAUACACGAAUGUGGUGAUGAACUUCCUCAUGGGGAAUCCUCCUGGUUUGCUCGAGCUGGACUGGUUGGAUUUGUUCGAUGUCGUCAUUGUGGGCGCGAACAAACCUGCCUUCCUUACGGACCCGAGGCUUUGGAUGUACCGAGUCGAUCCCAGAUCCAAGGAAGGCUACCUGAGCAACACUGAAGGUGUUAUUGAUGGCAACGCCGAGGCGUUUCUCCGUGAGGGUAAGGUGCUGCAGGGCGGGAAUUACACACACCUCCAGGAAAUACUCUCUUUGAACUCCGGAAGCGAGGUUCUGUACGUGGGUGAUCACAUGUUCAGUGAUAUUUUACGCUCCAAGCGCCAGCUGGGCUGGCGCACCAUGCUCAUUAUUCCCGAACUAACAGAUGAAAUCAACGAAAUGCUGCGCUCGGAGGUGGACCGCCAACGUCUGCGGGAUAUGCGUCUACUUCGUGACGAACUCGAUGAGAUGAUUGACCGUGCCGAAUGGGAACUUCACUGCGAGUACGAGCGCUCCGAGCACGAAGCGGACCCACACGCGGAUCCAUCCCGAAGGCAGCGAAUUGAAGCGCUUCGACAGAGCGUGGAAACCGCCGAGACAGAACUCCGAGAGGUCAAGGCGGCGCUCGCAGCAGAGACAGAACGCUAUCACCGGCGAUUUCAUCCAGUAUGGGGGCAACUCUUCAAAACCGGGUAUCAGAAUAGUAGGUUUGCAGAGCAGGUCGAGCAAUACGCUUGCCUGUACACUAGUCGGGUGAGCAAUUUACGCUUUGUUUCACCGGAAAUAACCUUUCGUUGCAUGUCGGAUCAGUGUCCACAUGAUCGUUUACACGAAAGCCCAAUGCGGCGGAUACUGGAACGCCGACUCCAGGUCGUUCAGAACGUCAGCGACCUGGAUGCGGCGUCGUCGUAG